GUAGCAUAAAAAAAUAUGAAUACUUUUGAAAGUGAAGAGAAAUGUUAACCAACACAUUCAUGCCACAUGCCAUCCGCAGCUCACUUCACUUGCCUGUCUUUUGACAAGAGGCCACAUUUCCAGAUGGAACAAAAACACCUUUGCUUUUUUUUUUUUUUUUUGUCAGAACAGGCUGAGCACGAAAGAUGAACAAUCAGGAGUAAAUUAUUGUAAGGGAUUAAAAGGGUUGAACGUUUGAGCAGCUCUCUCUUCAGACUGGAUGUAGCGGUCCCUCAUAUCGGGGCUCUCCGUUUACAUUAUUCAUACGGAGGAGGGUGUGACUUGUUGGCUCUUUAUAAAACGAGAACUUCGCGUAAAAGAAAAUACAGAUGGAGAAGGCUAGCCGGCUCGCUGUGUCACAGAGAGUCCCCUUAAGCCUACGUGACAACUCACAUACUGUCCCUUUGUGACCAGCUUAAUCGGCAGAAUGCCCGGUCUCUGCGUGCUUUGUCUCGCCGCCGCGCUGGCUGCGUUCACCCGGCUCGCCGGCACCGUUGGGCCGGUGGUCCGAUGCGAGCCGUGCGAUGCUGGGGCGCUCCUGCAGUGUAAGCCCCUGCCGAUGGACUGCGCGGAGCGAGUGAGGGAGCCCGGCUGCGGCUGCUGCAUGACGUGCGCCCUCGGUGAGGGACUGGCGUGUGGAGUGUACACGGCGCGCUGUGGCUCCGGCUUGACCUGCCAACAUCGGCCGGGGGAGAGCCGACCCCUGCAAGCUCUGCUGGAGGGACGGGGAGUGUGCUCCAGCGCCGCGGCCAAAAAACUCAACAGCAUUCUCAUACCGGCGCAAAAACAAGAUAACGCUGGAAAUCUUAUAGAAGAAGACUGUGCCAACGUUACCGCGACGAUGACAGUGUUGCCUGGACUGGCGACCGUGAACGGUGGGCACAGUCGGGGGUCGAUGGACACCAGACCUCCGCUGCACAACAAGUUGAUCCAGAAAGAUCAGAACAGGAAGACUCAGGGCUACAAGGUGGAACCGGUGUCAGGAGGAGCCAAUAUGGACAUGCACAACUUCUCCCUGGAGACCAAGAGGGAGACCGAGUAUGGGCCGUGUCGGCGGGAGAUGGAGAGCAUCCUGAGCAGUCUUAAAAUCAGCAACGUGCUCAACCCAAGAGGCUUCCGCAUACCCAACUGUGACAGAAAGGGCUUCUACAAGAAAAAACAGUGCCGUCCAUCCAAAGGCAGGAGGCGGGGCUUCUGCUGGUGCGUGGACAAAUACGGGCAGGCUCUGCCUGGCUACGACGGCAAGGAGCAGGCCGAGAAGAAGUGCUACCACGUGGAGAGCGAAUGAGAAGACGGAGGGACGCAAGUGGACGGAGAGGGGAGGGAGACGGAGAGAUAAAGAGCCAAUUUUGUUCUCGCAUGUAGUUUUAUGUAAACAUUCGGAGGGGCUCUGGACCUUUGAUUUCGGGUCCCAUUUCUGUCGAAGAGUUAGGGGGAGAAUAAGUGUGGGGGGGGGGGGGGGGGCCCCCCCCCGGCAACUGGUCAAAGACUCCUGUCCAUCACAGCUAUCUGUCCUGUGCUUACAGAACCUUUAACCUUCCUUAAAAAGAAAACAACAAUUAAGCUGAGAGAGAAGGGGAAGAAAGAGAGAAUCCUACCAUCUGCACUAUUCUUUUAGAGAGAGAGGAAGGACGGACUUUUCCACUCACUUUAAAGAGGACAUGUUUGUGACUGUGACCCAAAAA